CCUCAACACACUAAGUCAAUUGUUGGUGCCGUGCACCAUUUGCCUUGGUUUUUGUGUACUUGUAAUAUUCUAUAUCAGGAGCAAACGAACACUCGUUACUCGUGAGAAAUCUACGAAACGCACGAAGCAUACGGGUGUUCUUUUUUUUAUAAAAGACACUAUCUGAUUUGCUACUAAUACUUUUUUCCGUGAAAAAAAACAGUUUUCCGGUGUGCUAGAAUUUUUAUUUUUAUUUCUUUCAUUUUUCGAUUUUUUUUAUCUUUUAUUCAAGUCUUGGCUUCACGCAGUUUUUGGGCCUUUUCUACCUUAAUCUUUUAAUAUUUGCAUUUCCUCUAUUUAUUUGGUCCAGUCUUAUUCACACGUUUCUCCUUUCUCUCUCGUGAUGGUCGUUAUCGAAGACAAUACAUUUAUAGCAUGGGCUAAUAUGACUGCCUCCAUGUUUCAGGCCCAGGCUGCCUAUGCAAACGCUUACCAACGGACUCAGCCUGUGACACAGACUCCUCAGCCCUCACAGAAUCCACCUACUAUACCGGGUCUUCGUGCAUUACAGAAUCAAUUGCUGCAAGGUACGCCUCCAUUCGAGGUGCCAACAACAGAAGAGUCCACCUUACCGAGUUUAGAGUGUUUACGAGAUCCUAAUCUGUCUAUUCUUCAAACUGAGUCUACCACAAAACCACCUGUCUCAUUUCCAAAGGCACCACGUGCACUUUUGCAUACUCUUCCGCCACAUGUAACUGCUCCUUCCCGGUCAGAUGAAUUACAUACGCUAGUGGAAGACUCGCUCAAAGAGGAAGAGGAAUCGCUCGAUCAAUAUAAGGCACUCUUUUGCCAUAAACGUCCUCUCGACGAUUAUGUAAAUACUUUGGAAGAAAGCGGUUACCGUGUUGACGAGACGAAUUCGUUUUUAAAACAUGUUGAGGGUGAUCGUUACCAUCCAAUCGAUGUAGAUGUUGCUAUGUCUAAACGGUACAAACUUACAACUACCACGAAAACCACACGGCGGGUGACGGAAAAGAAGACGACGUCAACAGCAACGGUAGCGACGACAGGCCUAAAACCCCGCGUUCCUGAUGGCACUGUUGUGGGAGCCAGCGCACCACCUUUGCGUAGGGGUAAAGGCCUUAAGCUGCUUCAGAGUAUGGGUUGGUCUGAAGGCCUCGGUUUGGGUUCCAGCAACCAAGGUGUAGUCGAGCCUGUUAAGGCUGUCGUAAAGAACAACAAGAGGGGACUUUCAGAAAUGAAUGCUGAAGGGGUACCAGUCCAAGCAUUAAGCGUUGCUCAUCGGAAUAAUAUGCCUAAUUUUCCAGAGGCACCCAAGGCCAAAGCGAGAAACGGAAUGAUAACAAGAGCAAAGCCGAAAACAAAGCCAAAAACUCAGGCGAAAACAAAAGCAAGAACAAAAACCAAACGCAAACAAACCACGAGAAAAGUUACGAAGAAAACUACAAAAAAGGCAGCUACGAAGAGGACUACAAAGAAGACUACGGGUAGAACUAAAGCCACCAAGGUAAAAAUUGAGAAGGGUGCUUCAAGAGCCAAAAAUAAAACGUCUGCUGCAGCUACGAAAUCCAAGGGAAAACAUCACAUCUGGGUGUAAUCCGCAAGUCUCUUUUUACUCAGCUUCCCUGACCCAGCUUCACUCCCUUCCUCUUCCUUCAUAUCUUUUAUAGAAAUGUGGAGCAUUUCCACAGAGUAUUUUCAUUACUGUGUUAUACAUCCGUGAACUGUGAUCCGCUGUGUUAAUGUAUAUUUACAUGCUGGCAAGGGAGAAACGGAUCAGACUGAAACAAAGAGUUAGUAAUGGACUUGAUGAAACUCAUAUACACUGCACAGUGCAUGUUCGUCACAUACGUUUAGGUACACGGAGCUUCUUACUGGUCAUGGCGAAACCGCUGAUGGCGAAAAGGAAGACCAUGGGAUGAACCUUGAAGCAAGUUUCGGCUGCCCAAAGUCCACCGGGAAGCUGUUCAUGAAUUUUUCCCCGGAGAGUACACAGACCGAGGACGAAGACGAGACUCAAUGUCGUGGGAAUUGGGGUGCCCUCAAAGAACUGAGAUUUUCCGUUUUUGUCUUUGGGAAUGUAGUUCACCGACACAUUAAAGCGCGCAAGCCGUGAAAGACCGCAUAAAACGAAGAAUGCCAAUACGAUAGUAUCCAAAGUCGUGCGAAAGCCACAAACAAAUGCAAAAACUGCAGGUGCAACACCGAAGGAAAUCUGCUGUGUUAGAAUGCGAUCGGGACAGCAGAGCGGCAGAAAGACGGAAGGAAGUGUUGAACUCUUUGAAUUCCAUCUACAUCUCAAUUCUGUCAAUCCAUGUAACAUACCAAAUCUGCCAAACUGUCCAAUUCUUGACCCAUUAAAGACGACUUUCCACGCCAGCGGGCCACUUUACCAUCCAUGAAAUCAAAGAGCAAACCACAGGGCAUUAAAAGCAGUGCUUUCCACAAGUUGCUAUAGUCGUAUUGAUCGCCCAAACAAUACCGCAGACUCGUAAAAAUGCUCAUAACGCCACAGAAUCCAUUCAUUUCUGUGAGUAAAUCGGCCAGAUGAAGUGCACUGCACGAGAACAUGUAUUAGCCAUUUUGUUUCGAUUGUCGACGGAUACAACACUUGACAUACCGGAUCAAAGAGAAGUGUCUAUUAUCAUUAACAUAUUGGAGCAUCUUCCCCUCCUUCUCAGCCGAAAAAGCCUUCGUCUUAGGCGCGUCCUUCUUCCAUGUUUGCAUAUUGAACUGUGUCUAGCAAUAUGUUGUUGUAGAUCGGCAAUAAUUGUCGUGCCCCGUCCCUUAGUCGCGGGAGACUUUUGCUGGAAGGAACUCGCUAAUAUUGCUUUGCCAUCUCCUUGAUUGGUGGUCUUCUCUCGUAAGGUCUCGGUUACCGGACCAAUAAGGAACUGCAAUUGCAGUAAGCGAGCGAAGGGCACGUGAUAAUGGCGAAAAGCAAUCACGUGCUCUAUCACGUGAAAGGGGUGCCUUCCACGCGGUAAUAACAUUUGUGUAAGCGAAACCUUAAACUGAAGCAGAUGAAAUGAAUGCAUUCACUUUGUGGCUACGAAGGAAGACAUGACUGAAACUAGUUGUAUACAAUUAACAUCCUGUCCAUAAGCUGUAAUAGUAUACGUUCCUGACCGACAUCGCACCCGUCUGCCGUCCUCCCUACUC